AUGUCCUCAUCAAAUCAACGCUUGUUCCAAUUAGCACAUGGUAAUAGACAUCCAGAAAAUCGUUUUGAUUAUAUCAUAAAACAUUAUUUUCUACGUGCCCCAACACUUCACCAAGCACAUGUCUACGUUACACUCUAUGGCUAUCGAAUAUCAUCAGAAUUUUAUGAAGAUGGUGAUGAAGUAGACGAUGUUGUACAUCCAUCAUAUGUGAUAGAACAUGAACAAAAUCGCAAAGUCGAAGAAUAUGAACAGAUGAAUGAAGAAUGUUCAUAUGGUGAACAUUAUUGGCAUUCGAUUAAGGAAAUUGAUA